GGAAGAGAGGGGGGUGAAGGGUUCAAGACGGAAAAGGACUCUUUUAGGGGGGGAAAGAAUAGGAUAUUCGGAUCAGGAAAAGGGGCAAAAACAACGAAAAGAAACCGUCAUCAAGCACAGUUUUGUGAUAGGUGCUGCGCAGGAUAGGGAGAAUCUGUAAAAUAUUCGUCGGGAAAAAAAAUAAUAAUAAAAAAAAAUCGUCCUGUAGAGAACGCGGGUUAAAUGACUCCUGCUGGAAAUUAGUAUUUCUGAGGCAUACUCACACACUACGACUUUUUCAACGUACGUGUCUGUAGACGUGAUUGAGGUCAGGUGCAUUCAGGCUGACCCAAAAGCGGUCAGAUACAUCCUUGAAAGUUGUGCUCUGGGUACGGCGUGGUUCUGAUAAUAUUCUGAUAGGAAGCCUAUGAAAGGCGAUCAAUCAACAAGCGUGCACACGCGCGCGCGCUCGGGGGGCGUAGUUCUUACGGCGGGGCCAGCAGCAGCAAUAUCAAGGGAGGCGGGCUUAUUCUCGCUACCCUGUGUUUCACGUUUUCAAUUUCUUGUUUAUUUUUAGAGCGCGCGCUUUUAUGCGUUUUCACACCCGGAGCGUCCACGUGUCAUAAUCUCCUGAAGGAACGUCUGACUUGGCUGAACUGGAGGGGUUCUCCCUUCCCCCCCCCCCUCUCUCUUUCUCUCCCUCUCUCUCCCUCUCUCUCUGUUUUUCUUUCUUUCUCUUCGCCCCUGUCCUUCCUGAUCCUCUCUCGUUUACCCCCAAUCCUUCCCCUCUCCUCACCCUCCCUUAGUCUCUCUUUUUUUUUUUUCUCUCUCCCUCAGUCUUCUCUUACUGUUCCUCUCCUUUCUCCAUCUGUGAAAAAAGAAAGUAUUGCCAACUCGCCUGCGGGCCACACGUUUUUCUAUUUCUUUUUUACUCUUCGUCUAUUCGUCUAUAGUACUCUAUUACUCUCUCGAUAACUCUAUAUUACUCUAUUCCAUUCCUCUAUCAAUCUAUGCUAUCGGUCACAUUAGGAAAUAGCUAGAGAGAAGAAAAGUGAUUCCAUCGACCACACGAUUCUCUCAUUUUUGUCGUUUUCUGGAGGGUGGUUCUUCCUGCCAGUCCCCCGCUGGCUACAAGAGCAGUUGCCGCUGCGUUUUGCUCCAACCAUUUCCGGUCUUCCUCCCUCUCUUCCUCCCUCCCUCUCCUCCUCCCUCCCUCUCUUCCUCCCUCUCUUCCUCCCUCUCUUCCUCCCUGUCUUCCUCCCUGUCUUCCUCCCUCUCUUCCUCCCUCUCUUGCUUCUUGUCCCCGUCUCUCUCCCUCCCAAAGAGGCUCCCUCAUCCUUCGCACGACUCUUUGCCAGGGCCUUCUCUCGCGAAUCCAUCGCCGGUUUCGCUCGUCCAGCCAUCGACGCCCGGAGUCAUUUCCGAGUCGUGGACAUCUCGGCCAUAGCCGCCGCGUUGUCCUCAUUCUGUCAUCAACGCCGCUGAAAGUGAGUACUUGCAGCGGAGGAGGAGGAGGAGGAGGAGGAGGAGGAGGAGAGGGAGGAGGAAACAGGUGCGCGUGUGUGAAAUCGAAGGGAGUGUAGGGAGGGAGUGCUCACCUGGCGGAAAAGGAGAUUAGAAAUCGAGUGGGCGAGCACAGGAAAGGGAGGGAGAGAGGGAGGGAGGGAGGGAGUGUACCUGGUUCUUGCGUUGUCUCGGCCGCGAACCGGAUCUUGAGUGGCGAUCAUUGAAGGUUUGAGUGAGGACGUCGGUCGGUAAACAGGUCACGUGGCAGGUGCUCGCGCGGAGGUUCACGCGUUGCCGAGUCCCCUUCUUUUCAGUUACACUUGGUUGUGGAAAGCAUCGACUUUGUCGACAUCACUAUAACCGUAUAAUUUUUCGGGCCCGCUGUCGGCAGGGAUGCCACCUGUAUCCGGAUUGUGAACAUCCUCUACAUCCAGAUGCAGUAUGUCCCAUCUGUGCCUGCGGGCGCUAUAGUGAAUGUGCACUUAACUGUGAUGGUGAACGCCCCGCAAUCGUCAUGGCCUGCAACCGGCAUGCCCUCUGUCGUGCAUGCUUCAGAGACGCUAUGGCGCGCCAUUUGCGUCAUGGGGGUGACAAACAGCCGUGGCGGGAAUGGCCACUGCAUCACAAAGCUAGCACUGAUGUCGAUGGAACAAGACACCGGGGCACUGCCACGACGCAGUGCCAGGCUUGCAGGGCGUGCCCGCUCUGUGAUACCUCUCCGACGCAGGACUCUGCGACUCAGCAGCAGGACGACUCCAGCGGCAUCGAGUACAGCAUUGACGGUACCGGUUACCACCGGAGUUCUUCCCGCAUGCCCGGUCCAAAGGGCCGGUGAGCCGUUGGUAGAUUACCUUCAGUGGGUACAGGCAUUCACUGAUGACGUAGCAACCGCAAAGGCACAGGAGGAAGCAGAGGCGGAACGUCAACGGCUGGCCAAAGAGGCGGCACCCCAAGCUCAGCAGACUGCUGAGGAUGACGCAGCAGCACGGGACCAACGGAAUGCCGCCAUCAUGGAAUCUCUGAUUCAUAAUGAGAAUCAGUGGACAACGAUCCUCGAGGGCAUGRUCUUUGUGCCUUCGGAAGAGCAGGCAGAUCCGACACCGGCGGAGGCAGAGAGGACUCACCUGGCUAACGUGAUGUUGACAAUGAUGCGAGCGAUCAUGUGGAACAAUACGAUGUUAGCAACGAGACCGGACGCCGCGACGAAGAGUUACAAGAUGCCACACUUCGACAUCAGCAAGUUCGACGACCACAACAAGACGGACGCCUUGGCAUGGUGGCAACGUUUCCUUACGGAAGCAUCCUGCCGCACUGUCCAAGACGACUACAUGAUGAAGGCGCUAUACUUACAGCUGAUUGGAGGAACGCAGGCAUGGAUGAACCACCUGGCAGCUACCCACACAUGCACCAUCGCCGAACUUCACACGCACAUCACGUGGAAGGAGUUCGAGCAGCUAUGGUUUACCCGGUUCAAGGUCCGCAACGUUGUGAAGGCGGCCAUGAAAGAGGUGUACACCUGCUCUCAAGGAAGUAUGCCAACUCGAGACUGGACAACCAAGUGGCAUAAGAUAGUGACCAUGCCAGGCUUCGAUUUGACUUUUCCAAAUCAACGAUCCGAGCUCUUCUCGCGAUCGUGCGCAGGAUUGCGGUCGGCACUCGGCAAUGAGUACGACUAUACCUCGUUCCAGGCCAUCCUGGAUCGUGCAAACCUGGUCAUCCAAACGGACGACAAGGCCGCUAACGAGAAACAAUCCCAGCCGCAUUAUGUGGCUAAUCAGGGCUAUCAACGUCCGACACAUAACAAUGCCGUAAUUUAUGAAGGAACAAAAGAUCUCCACGCUGCAGCAGCAUCCUCGAGUGAUGGAGGAAUUGUAGCAGCGCUCCCGCCGAAGCUCUACUUUGCGCCACUUGCGUGCGAGCCGGUGUCUUUUGACGUCCUCGACACCAAGUUCAACAUGAUUCUAGUCAUGUCUUGGUUGCGUAGCGCCGACCAUCCGGUGAACUUCCACGACUGGACCGUUCACAUCCGUGAUCGAAACGGAGUGUUAGUCCCAUGUACGGUCGCGACCCCUCGCACUUCGAUUGCUUGUCACGUGGUUUCCGUUGCGAGAAUUCGCGACGCCAUAGCUCGGAAUGACGUCGAGGAGAUGGGCCUUGUAUUCUUGCAUGCGCUCCCCUCGCCAGACGGACCAGCCGCGUCACCGCCGGACCCACAUAUUUCUCACCUCUUGGACGAGUAUACAGACGUCUUCGAGGCUCCCACCGGAACGGUUCCGGAUCGGCCCAUACGUCACGGGAUCACUCUCGAGGCUGGCGCCGUCCCUCGGCGUGGAUGUAUCUACCACAUGAGCGAAGAGGAACUCGAGGUGCUUCGCGCACAACUCGAUGACCUUCUCGACAAGGGCUGGAUUCGCCCUAGUUGCUCGCCAUACGGCACCCCUAUUCUCUUCGUCUGGAAGAAGAACAAAGAUCUACGGUUAUGCAUCGAUUAUCGGAAACUUAACGCACAGACCGUAAAGAACGCCGGCCCUCUCCCUCGGAUUGAUGAUCUUCUUGAGCGGUUAGGCGGCGCGACGUACUUCUCGAAGUUGGACUUGAAGUCAGGUUACCACCAGAUUGAAAUCCAGCCUCAAGAUCGGUACAAGACCGCAUUCAAGACGCGGUACGGGCAUUUUGAGUGGGUUGUCAUGCCUUUUGGCCUCACCAAUGCCCCCGCAACUUUUCAAGCAGCUAUGACGACUGAGUUUCGCGACUUGCUCGAUCGCAGCGUCCUCAUCUACCUCGAUGACAUCUUGGUCUAUGGCAGGACAUUGGACGAGCACAUCACACACCUUCGCGCUGUUUUGAAUUGUUUGCGACUGGCCAAGUACAAAGCGAACCGCGACAAGUGCGAGUUCGCCAAGCAAGAGCUUGAGUAUUUGGGCCACUAUGUUACGCCGAAAGGCAUUCGUCCAUUAGCGGACAAGAUCCAAGCCAUCGUGGAUUGGUCGGAACCCCGUUGUUUGAUGCAUAGGGGGCAGUUUGCUCAAGACGUUAGGGAUCCCGGCAAUGAGGGGGUGCUGUUUGAAAACAUGUCGAUCCUGGACGAAAUUGAAAGCACAAAUGACGUAAUGAUGAAGGGAGUUGAUGAUGAUGGUGGCGAUUUCUGCUUGUCGGAGGUGCUUGGAGCGGCGGAUUGUCCCAGUGCAACUGAACUCGUUGGUCCCGCUUCCUGGAAGGGGACAUCUGAGGAAGUAGGGACAGUUGAUGGGCAGCAGGCUGGCAGCAUGGAUGUGGACGAUGCUUGCCUGGAGGAUGGAGUUGGCGAAACAGGAGAGGACAGGCACACCCACCCAUCUGGGGGGGAAGCGGGAGGAGGCAGUAGCGAAGAUGAUGGCCUUGGGAAGUGGGAUGAUGAUGGCUCUUCAGAGAAGAAAGCAGGAGCUCAACGACGAACAGAGGUCGGUGUUAUCACAAGUGCAGGAGUCGUAAAGGGCCAAUGGACUACGGAAGAAGAUGACACACUUCGACAGCUGGUUCAAGUGCAUGGUCCGAAAAAUUGGUCCUUGAUUGCCGCCCGGUUACCUGGCCGAGUUGGAAAGCAGUGUCGAGAGCGGUGGCACAAUCACCUCAAACCAAACAUUCGAAAGGAGGCAUGGACCCAGGAGGAGGAGCUCAAGCUAGUGGCAGCACACAACAAGCUUGGCAACAAGUGGGCAGAGAUUGCGAAAUUACUUCCCGGGCGAACAGAUAACUCAAUCAAGAAUCACUGGAAUAGCACAACGCGCCGCAAGGGGAUUGUAUGUAUACUGCUUGAUUGUUCUACCCCUGUUCCCACUCUCCGUACCCCCCUGUAUUCUGUGAACACCGGCACCUCUCAAGUACCGCAUCAGUUCAGACUGAUGUCGAUGGAACAGGACACCGGGGCACUGCCACGGCGCAGUGCCAGGAUCGCAGUUCGUGCCCGCCCUGCGGUACCUCCAAGACCCAAGAGAUUCAGCAGACGGAUGACUCCAGCGGCAUCAAGUACGACAUUGACAGUACAAGACACCACCGGAGAUCUUCCCGCAUGCCCGGUCCGAGAGGCCAGCGAGCCUUUGGCUGACUAUCGUGGGCGGCUACAGGCAUUUACAGACGCCGUAGCCGCCGCCGAGGCUCAGCAGGCUGCAGCAGAGGCAGAACGUCAGCGGCUGGCCAAUGAGGCGGCAGCCGAAGCUCAGCGGACAGCUGAGACUAACGAAGCGGCACGAAACAGACGGAAUGCCGCCAGCACGGAGUCCCUGAUUGCUAGUGAGUAUCAGUGGACAACGAUACUCCAAGGCAUGAUCUUUGUGCCUACGGAAACGCAGGCGGAGCGGACACAGGCGGAGGCAAAGGGAAGUAACCUGGCUACCGUGAUGUUGAACGCCAAGGCCUCAGCACCGCCAGGCUGCACGACGGACGCGACGAAGCAAAUCAACGAACGCAUCGAUCACGUCGUCACCAUCAUCGGCGACAUAGGUGUUUUCAACGGACCGGACACGAUCAGCAGCACGGUGGCCGCCAUCAAGACGGACAUCACCAAGCUACAGACGAGACCGGACGCCGCUACAAAGACGUUCAAGAUGCCGCACUUCGACAUCUGCAAGUUCGACGACUACAACAAGUCGGACGCUUUGACAUGGUGGCAACGUUUCCUCACGGAAGCGUCAUGCCGCACUGUCCCGGCGAACGACAUGUUGAAGGCACUCUAUUUGCAACUGAUUGGAGGAGCGCAGGCAUGGAUGAACCACCUGGCGGCCACCCACAAGUGCACCAUCGCCGAACUCCACAUGCACAUCACAUGGAAGGAGUUCGAGCAGCUAUGGUUCACCCGGUUCAUGGUCCGCAACGUCGUGAAGGCGGCCAUGAAUGAGGUGUACACAUGCUCUCAGGGGAACAUGCCAACUCGAGACUGGACAACGAAGUGGCAAAAGAUCGUGACCACACCAGGCUUCGACUUGACGUUUCCAAAUCAACGAUCCGAGUUCUUCUCGCGAUCAUGCGCGGGAUUGCGGUCGACACUCGGUAAUGAGUACGACUAUACCACAUUCCAGGCCAUUCUGGAUCGAGCRAACUUGGUCAUCCAAACGGACGACAAGGCCGCUAACGAGAGACAAUCCCAGCCGCACUAUGUGGCUAAGCAGGCCUAUCAACGUCCGACACAUAACAAUGCCGUGAUUUCCGAAGAAACAGACGAUCUCCACGCUGCAGCAGCAUCCUCGAGUGAUCGAGGAAAUUGUAGCAGCGCUCCCGCCGAAGCGUCCCAAGAGAGUUCGGAAGAACAAGGCGACACAAGAGACAGCAUCGAUGGGAACUGGGCAGCAGCCAUGGACGRCYUACAAGAUAACCAAGGAUUCUACUUUGCGCCACUUGCGUGCGAGCAGGUGUCUUUUGACAUCCUCGACACCAAGUUCGACAUGAUUCUAGGCAUGUCUUGGUUGCGUAGCGCCGAUCAUCCGGUGAACUUCCAUGACCGAACCGUUCACAUCCGUGAUCGGAACGGAGUGUUAGUCCCAUGUACGAUCGCGACCCCUCACACUUCGAUUGCUUGUUACGUGGUUUCCGUUGCGCGGAUUCGCGACGCCAUUGCUCGGAAUGACGUAGAGGAGAUGGGCCUUGUAUUCUUGCAUGCUCUCCCCUCGCCGGACGGACCAGCCGCGUCACCGCCGGACCCACGCAUUUCUCACCUCUUGGACGAGUAUAGAGACGUCUUCGAGGCUCCCACCGGAACGGUUUCGGAUCGGCCCAUACGUCACGGGAUCACUCUCGAGGCUGGCGCCGCCCCUCCGUGUGGAUGUAUCUACUGCAUGAGCGAAGAGGAACUCGAGGUGCUUCGCGCACAACUCGAUGAUCUUCUCGACAAGGGCUGGAUUCGCCCUAGUUGCUCGCCAUACGGUGCACCUGUUCUCUUCGUCCGGAAGAAGAACAAAGACCUACGGUUAUGCAUCGACUAUCGAAAACUUAACGCACAAACCGUAAAGAACGCCGGCCCUCUCCCUCGGAUUGAUGAUCUCCUUGAGCAGUUAGGCGGCGCGACGUACUUCUCGAAGUUGGACUUGAAGUCAGGUUACCACCUGAUUGAAAUCCAGCCUCAAGAUCGGUACAAGACCGCGUUCAAGACACGGUACGGGCAUUUUGAGUGGGUCGUCAUGCCAUUUGGACUCACCAAUGCCCCCGCAACGUUUCAAGCAGCGAUGACGACUGAGUUUCGCGACUUGCUCGAUCGCACCGUCCUCAUCUACCUUGAUGAUAUCUUGGUUUAUACCAAGUACAAAGCGAAUCUCGACAAGUGCGAAUUCGCCAAGCAAGAGCUUGAGUACUUGGGUCAUUUUGUCACGCCGAAAGGCAUUAGUCCCUUAGCGGACAAGAUCCAAGCCAUUGUGGAUUGGCCGGAACCCCGUUGCUCGACGGAUGUACGCUCUUUCAUGGGGUUGGCUGGAUAUUAUCAGCGAUUCGUCGAGUCAUACUCGAAAGUGGCCGCUCCUUUGUCGAGACUUCAGUCCCCGAAGGAUGAAGGCAUGCGUGGAAGUGGACGAGGGGCACGAUCAAGGCCCGACAUCUUGCAAAAAUACAUAAUGCAAUUGAAGGCACAGAACAGGGAGCGUCAUCAGCAAGCCGAGCUGAGGCGGUUAAGUCAGGCUCAACUGGCUCAACAUCAAGACUUGCAUUCUAGUAACCCUUCAGACCUCCAGCUUCGCGAGAAGACGGAUGCCAUGCUGGCUAAUUUACGCAAGCAGCAAGGGCCUUGGGGUCCUUCAUUUGUGGAUGGAAGCCUGCCGAGCAGGUCAACAAUGAUGUUCGGCGGCAUGGCAGGCCAAAUGUCAUUGUUUCAGGACCUUAUGAUGGCGAGUGUGCAGAGGAAUUGUGAGAAAGGGAACUUCAUGCAACCAAAUGGAAGAGGGGUUCCUGGCGCCACCAAGGAGGCCUUACACCAGCAGCAUCAGUUAGAACCUGUGGUAUCUUCAGCUAUGAAUUCACAAUUGCCAACCCUUGGUAUGGAACAAAGGCCGUGCGGGACAAGCUUUUCGGAUAUUGGGCGGCAUUCAGGCAUUGGUCAUGCAGUUGGAGGCCUAGGGGGAGUGACAAGGCCAUCGGCUGAACAGGCGGCUGUGUCCGCGCCAACCUCGGUCGACUUUGCUACCUCGUUGUGCCUUGGAGCUGGAGGACCAGCUUUGGGACGAGAAGUGAAUGUGAGUGGAAUGGCUACAGCCGGUCUUGCAAACGCGGGGGCCAUGACCGAUGUGUCAGGUGUGUCUGUGAUGGAUCUGCAGCAGCAAGAGCAGCAAAAGCAACAGCAGCAGGAAAAUUUGAAUGAGCAGCAGCUGCGAAGCCUUCAGCAACACAUGUCCGUCUGCGGUCAAGGAUCAGCCCUGGCCGUUCAGACUGACACAUCAUUGCCGAUGCUGGGAGGGUCGACCCUCGCGUCAAUACUGCUCUCAAAGGGAGUGUCGAGCAUCAGGCCUAUGAAAUGUGCCGAGGAAACGUCAGCAGACCCUGGAAUGCUUGCGGGACAACCAUCUAUGACCAACGGUGUGUCAAAUGACAGACUGUGGGACCUUGAUUCUGUGCGUGGGGAAGGCUAUCCUUGUGGAACAAGGCCAUUACCACAGGGGAAACUAGGAGUGGAGCCGCUUGGAAGCAAUGGGUUGAUAUCUGGCAGCGCCUCAGAUUUAAAUCGCCAGGUAAACCAGGACUUGGUAUCAAAGGCAAGGCCUCAACAGGUCAUAGAUUCCAUGGGAAGUGCAAGUGAGAGACAGGGCUGUCAACAGUUGUCCAAGCAAUCAGCUGGAGGAUCGCUUGCUCUUCCACUGCAGCAGUUUCCCAUGCCAGUUUGUGGCUCACUGCGGAAGCGCCCUCGUCAAAUAGGACCAAAUGGCUAUGGAAGUUCUGGGUGCACGCUGCCGGGUGGUGAUGUGUCAUCUGCAAUGAGGAUUGAUACAGAUGAUGCUGCAGCGCUGUUUGGCAGCAGCAGUACUCUCGGAACAUCAAGAGCGACCGUGUCCUCGAUAUCGAGUGGUGGUACAACCUCAGCAGGCUCUGGUAUUUGUUCCUUGACUCAGAGUGGCGGUAGGGCAGCACGUCCAUUUGAGGCACAAGCAACUCCAGUUCAAAUGCCGGGAUUGGGUCUUCCCUGUACACGCGUUCCUGAAUCAGACCAAUGCUUAUCGCCGACCGUGCCUGGUGAGCCUGUUAAUGCAAUUAGCAAGAGUGACGGCAACUGUCCAGCAGCAGUCUCACCGCCGUCUGGUUGCCCACCAUCCUCGAACGUCUGUCGCAAUCGGAGUAUCAUCAAGCGAUGCAAGCAAGAGACACGAAGCAUACCGGCGCAUGGCUCACUGGAGGGACUCUUGCAAGCUCUUGGCAGGAACAGCCCACCGCCUCUGGAGUCGGAGGACGAGGAUUCUGAUUAUGGCAUUGCAAAUGGAGGGCAAAGCGAGCAGGAACGAAACAUAAUCAUGGAAAGCAGCACUGGCGCAGCCAAUCCAUCAACUUUGGCUCCUUUGGUGCCUUCAAAAGAGGAGAUGACAAAUCUAGAGUCUGAGGUUGCAGCUGAGGACAUCUUGAUGAAGCUUCUUUUGGCUAGCUCUUCUGGCAGGGGUCUCAAUGAAUCAGGGGCGCAGAAGGAGAUGGGUCGAUGGAAUACAGGACUGCCAAAUAUGCCGAUCCCUGUUCCAAUGCCCUUGCCUGCAGGGUCCACGGGCAAACCUGCUGAUGUCGACACAACCAUUCACAGGCCAAUGAACCUAAUUGUUCCAGAGAACCCUCUUCUGACAUGUGUGCGUGCUGGCAUAGGUAUGAGAAUGCCAACUAGUUUGGGUUCCCGUUCUACGGCAGCUCCAUCGGCAAAUGCCUCCUCUCUCGCGCCUCUCCUAUCUUCUCCACGUGAUUCUGGAAACACAGGUACUGGGACAGGGUACUGGGAUCCUUGCCAGCUACAUUUAGUGCAGACAUUCAUGAGCCCACCACCAAUGUUUUCCUCAGGACUGGUGUUGGGUGGAAGUAUGGGCGGGAACCUACCAAACAACACAGUGUCAAAUGCCAUCGGGAGCUCUGGGUUCGACACUUUCUCCUCUUUGUUGCGCAUGAUGGCUGAAGACACACUUCCUUCACUCUACGACCCUUCUGCUAAUCCUCCUCCAAGCAACACGGACCCAGUGGCUUGUGGAUGGAGGGCCAAUUAAGCCAUCACUACCUGCGAAAGUGACCUGCUGAGACUAGCAAAGCAAGGUACCAUUCUGGUUUCUGGGUGUUCAGCAGGGGAAAAUCCUGGCUCGUCGUUGUGAAUAUUUUCAGAAAAAGGAGACCCUCCCAGGCAGGCGUUAUGUGUCCUGGAGCUCGGCUGCCGAGUGGGAAAUUCUCAGCCUCCCAGAAUUCAGGAGGCUUACACCUUCUACCUUCUAAGGGCGCGGACGAGUCUCUUAGAAUUCAGGAGGCUGUGAGCAAACAGUCUGUGCUGGAUGAAUGAUUUCACAGCCCUGUUAGUUUGUGUUGAAUUUUCAGUGCAGCCAACUUGUAAGGGCGGGGGCCCGCCUUUCCCUAAAGCGGUGGUUAUACGGAUCUGCAACUGGUCUUGACUAUGGCAGAAGCGGUGUAUACCAUGCAGAUGCUGUUCGAUAUUCCUGGGUUACCGCAGAUGCUUGUCGAUUGGUGUACAGCAGUCUCAGCUGGUGGAUGGAUGACACACUGUGGCUCUCUGCAAAAGGUGGAUGCUUUGUCACACAUGACUACAGAAGCAGUAAUGCUGAAUGUGUACUUAACUGUACUCAUGGAGGAAAUGGCGGUCGCCCUUGAUAAAUGUUGCGGAGCGGGUCAGGGUCAUGAAGGUGCCCCCAGUGCAUCUUUUUCAGGUGGUGGUCAUCUUUGUCUUUCCAAAAAGUCUCUUCUGAUAAGACUGCUGUCAGGUCAGUUUGGCACCAGCGUCAUUCUGGUUUGUCAGACCACGGAUCUUCACGAGACGACCGCCCGCCCAGCCCUUUUUUGCCUUGAGACCCAUUGUGUGUUUGCAUUCUGGAAUGACUGUUGCUGUAGCAGCAGUUGCGGCCAUGCUGUCCGAAGCUACAGAUUCUGAAUAGGUUUGCGAAGAAGAUGAGCUCCUUCAGUUGGGGAACUGGACAGAAUCCACACAUUGUCAAGCGGACGUCUGGUUGCGGUAGACUUCAGGUGAAUGAGAAAGUGCUCGCCAGUGCCCCGCCAAGGCUACUGUGUGAUGUCCAUAACUGCCCACUACAGCUGGCCUGCGCUUGUAUGUCCAUCUUUUCAGCUGUCAUGGUCAUUCUUGCCUGUCCUUCAGCAGGCUGUGGACACACACUGAGUCGGUAAAUAGGCUCAGUGGAUCGUUCGUUCUUGCAAGCAUGAAAAUCACCUCAAGGAUGUUCAUGCCGGCUUACGUUUUCGAUCCACACUUGCCCGCACGGAGGUUGUGGCCGAGUCUAGAUAGAUUGGAAGUUGCUGAAUAGGGUAGGUUGGCUGUGUGCUGCACAAAGCUCAAUCCAUCUCAGGAAGACCCAGAUUCUCGUGUGGUUGCGUGCAAAGGGGAGAAAUCGUGGUUUGGUGGGAAGCUCGGGAAGGAAGGAGCAAAACCUUCUUGAUGCAGCAAGUCAAUGGUGAACGGGAUAGGGUCUGUUCGCUGUGCGUUCUGAGAUUCAUUAGAGUGUUGAAUUCUCAGGCGACCACGAGAGUACGCUCCUGACAUACCAUGGUGGCUUCAUUGGCAAAUGCUGGCGAUUACUAUGAAGAGAGCAGAACUCUUCUACUCAUGAGUACAACUGCACUUAUGGAACCGUCUCGCUGUCAGUAAGGGGUUAAGUGACAUGUUCCUCUGGGACAGAGAUUGCUGAUUCUCUGUGGAGGUGGGACAGAGAGUGCUGAUUCUCUGUGGAGGGGAAGAGCAGCGUGGCUGAUGCCAGUCAGGCAUAGGGGAAGAGAGUAAAGAGCAUGUUUUGCUUGCCUCAUUAGUGGGUUUGCUGGAGAAGUGGAUUACGGCACGCUGGUUGUGGUGGAUGGUGGACCGGCGGGGAACCAUAUGUGUUGGGAAAGGCCUAUGCAAAGACCUUUCUGUCAUGCCUGGCAGGGUGCCUUGCCUGGUGCUCUGCCAUUUCCUUUUGUGACCCCUAACGCUUGCCAAGGCGCGAGGGAAAGUUCAAUGUAAAUUCCUGGAUAAUUUCUUUUCUUCAAGUACCUAUCUCAGGCUAUAUCUUCAUGUGUCCAUCUGUUUGUCCAUCUAUCUACCCCUCUUAUGGCUGUCUCUGGCUAAGUACUCGCAUUCCUGACCGCCUACCCAUUUACCAUCAUGCCUACCGGACCUUCUGCCUGCCGCCGAACCACUCAUCUAUGUACCCAUACUUACCUUCCUCUGCACAUUCCCACCUACCCACCUACCACCUUACCUACUAUGCUAGCUAGUAGCUGUCAAGACUAUCUACCACCCCUAGUACCCUAGGUACUGAACCUGCCCAACUACAUACCCGCGCGGCACGCACCUACCUAUCCGCAUAUCAAUUUGUCUAUGUAUUCCCCUGUGAGUCUAUAUCUAUCUGUUGUCCAUCUGGAAUCAGCUUGUAUUAUUUAUAUUUAUAUAUAUAUAAUGUUGAUGGGUAUCGAUCGGUCAAUCGGUGCCGAUUAUUCAUUUCCAGGCUUCCAGCAUCUUUGACUACCUAUCUAACCUAUUAGCUCUUAGCUCUAUCUCUCUCCCUCUUUGUGACACGUAUAUCCAUCAGUGUAUAUCAACUACCUGGUAUCUAAUCAUCAUAUGAUUUUCUCUUACCUUGCAAUCAUCCAUCUACCCAUCCAUCUGUUCACAUAGUCGGCUAUAUAUCUAUCUGUUUAUCGGUCUGUUCUCAUCCACUUAACCUUUCUAUUCUUAUUGGCGUCGGCGCCUCUGCCCACACUCUAUUCACAUGUAUAAAGCCUACAGAUCAAGUGAUCGCUGGAUCUUCGUAUAUCUAUAUCUUAUCUUUUUGCCUAUCUAUUUUUAACUUUCUUUAUGUCCGUCUGUCCGUGCACACUCUAUUCCCUUGUAUAGUGUCUAUCAAUCAAGUGAUUGCUGGAUCUACCUAUUCUGUUUUGUUCACUCAGUGUCGACGUCCACCAAAGCGUGUAAUUUCCUGUGGGAAACAAUCACGGUAUGAACGAUUCAAAAACAUAUUAGUAGAAGCAAUUAUGGGAAGGAAGGGAAGGGAGGACUCUUCCAGAGUGGUGUCUUCUUCUUUUAUUUAUUUAUUAUCGGUCUUGUGUGUGUCCGUGCAUCGCCAUUUAAUAUAUUUCUGUAGAAGUCGUAGAAACUCAUGAAUGAGAAAGGGACAUUUGGGCCGAGUCACUUUUGCCUAUUGCAUCCUAUGGUCUCAGUUGACUGCAGUCUGGAGAGGUGAGUGAGGGCAUUUGAUGGGUUCAUCCUUUGUCUUCUCCUCAUACGUAUGUAUUGAGCUCCUGAUUGGCUCUUUUUCCGAAAAUAUGUAUGUGUUCACCUCCUGAGCAGCACUUUUUCCAAAAGUAGGCAUCUUUUUGCAACUCAUGGGAAUUCCUGACACGACUUUUCACUUGUGCAUGCUUACCUGAUACUGAAACCGACAGAGGACAAAAGGGAAGUGGAAAAAAGACAGCUGCAAACCUCCAGCCAGUGACACACUGGAUGUGAAGUGGAGAGGGAUGCAACAAGUGUUUGUGUAUGCAUGCACAUAGAGAGAGAGAGAGAGAGAGAGAGAGAGAGAGAGAGAGAGAGAGAGAGAGAGAAGGGAGGAAAGGGGGAUGGAGAGGAGGGGACUGCAAGGGAUGGAGAAGACUGUCUAAUUUAUGCACAGCCUAGCUUUCCCAGUCUUGACCGGCUUUGGUUGGAGUGAAAUGGCAAUUAUUUGACUGGCCAAGAUGGAUGAGGUAGUGGUUAUGAUUCAUUCAGCUCUUUUUAUGUGGUAUUUUAUGCUGUAAGUCUCCUUUAUUAUUCACCAUGUGGUGUAUUGCCUGUGUUGUUCUGCGUGAUAAUGUUGAAAGCAGCGGGUGAUCGCGACAAUCUUAAUGGCUGCCAAAAAAAAAAGUGCGAUUGGUAACAUUUCUGGUGGGCAUGCUGUGGUAGUGGAAUUAGUGAAAUCUGGGGACUAAAAUGAUGGAUAAAGCUCUAUUAAGUUGCAAACCUAUGUGCAAUAGGAAGGUGGGGAGACUAGAAUGAUGGAUAAAGCUCUAUUAAGUUGCUAACCUAUGUGCAAUAGGAAGGUGGGGGGACUAGAAUGAUGGAUAAAGCUCUAUUAAGUUG